AUGACCUCUGACCUCUCUGCUCCUGUGUCUGAGCGAGAGCAGGAGCUAGGAGAGGAGGAGGCUGAAGAGGAGGUGGCAGGAGAGGAGGAGGCUGAAGAGGAGGUGGCAGGAGAGGAGGAGGCUGAAGAGGAGGAGGGUAAAAAGGAGGAGGCUGAAGAGGAGGAGGGUAAAGAGGAGGAGGGUAAAGAGGAGGAGGCUGAAGAGGAGGAGGGUAAAAAGGAGGAGGCUGAAGAGGAGGAGGGUAAAGAGGAGGAGGGUAAAGAGGAGGAUGCUGAAGAGGAGGAGGGUAAAAAGGAGGAGGCUGAAGAGGUGGAGGCUGAAGAGGAGGAGGCAGGAGAGGAGGAGGGUAAAGAGGAGGAGGCUGAAGAGGAGGAGGGUAAAAAGGAGGAGGGUAAAGAGGAGGAGGGUAAAGAGGAGGAGGGUAAAGAGGAGGAGGCUGAAGAGGAGGAGGGUAAAGAGGAGGAGGGUAAAAAGGAGGAGGCUGAAGAGGUGGAGGCUGAAGAGGAGGAGGCAGGAGAGGAGGAGGGUAAAGAGGAGGAGGCUGAAGAGGAGGAGGGUAAAAAGGAGGAGGGUAAAGAGGAGGAGGGUAAAGAGGAGGAGGGUAAAGAGGAGGAGGCUGAAGAGGAGGAGGGUAAAAAGGAGGAGGCUGAAGAGGAGGAGGGUAAAAAGGAGGAGGCUGAAGAGGAGGAGGGUAAAGAGGAGGAGGGUAAAGAGGAGGAGGCUGAAGAGGAGGAGGAGGAGGAGGGUAAAGAGGAGGAGGCUGAAGAGGAGGAGGGUAAAAAGGAGGAGGGUAAAGAGGAGGAUGCUGAAGAGGAGGAGGGUAAAAAGGAGGAGGGUAAAGAGGAGGAGGCUGAAGAGGAGGAGGGUAAAGAGGAGGAGGCUGAAGAGGAGGAGGGUAAAAAGCAGGAGGCUGAAGAGGAGGAGGGUAAAAAGGAGGAGGCUGAAAAGGAGGAGGGUAAAAAGGAGGAGGGUAAAGAGGAGGAGGGUAAAGAGGAGGAGGCUGAAGAGGAGGAGGGUAAAGAGGAGGAGGCUGAAGAGGAGGAGGGAGGGGGUAAAGAGGAGGAGGCUGAAGAGGAGGAGGGUAAAGAGGAGGAGGCUGAAAAGGAGGAGGGUAAAGAGGAGGAGGGUAAAAAUGAGGAGGGUAAAGAGGAGGAGGGUAAAGAGGAGGAGGCUGAAGAGGAGGAGGGUAAAGAGGAGGAGGCUGAAGAGGAGGAGGCUAAAGAGGAGGAGGCUGAAGAGGAGGAGGCUGAAGAGGAGGAGGAUAAAGAGGAGGAGGGUAAAGAGGAGGAGGCUGAAGAGGUGGAGGCUGAAGAGGAGGAGGAUAAAGAGGAGGAGGCUGAAGAGGUGGAGGCUGAAGAGGAGGAGGAUAAAGAGGAGGAGGCUGAAGAGGAGGAGGGUAAAGAGGAGGAGGAUAAAGAGGAGGAGGAUAAAGAGGAGGAGGCUGAAGAGGAGGAGGGUAAAAAGGAGGAGGGUAAAGAGGAGGAGGGUAAAGAGGAGGAGGGUAAAGAGGAGGAGGGUAAAAAGGAGGAGGGUAAAGAGGAGGAGGGUAAAAAGGAGGAGGGUAAAGAGGAGGUUGCUGAAGAGGAGGAGGGUAAAGAGGAGGAGGCUGAAGAGGAGGAGGGUAAAGAGGAGGAGGCUGAAGAGGAGGAGGGUAAAAAGGAGGAGGCUGAAGAGGAGCAGGGUAAAGAGGAGGAGGCUAUUCACAAGGAUCAGGAAGAGUUCAGUUUCUUUACGGCACUUUGGGAGCGAGAGCAGCUGAGUGUCCUGAAUGUUGUGAAUGUUUGA